CCACUCCAUUUCCAAACAGCUUUAAGUGCUUCACUUGUGACAAUGCAGUGGACAAUUACGACUGCAACCGAUGGGCUGAAGAUCGAUGGUGUCCUGAAAGUACUCAGUACUGCCUGACAGUUCAUCUCUUCACAGACCACGGGGAGAGCACCUCAGUCACCAAGAAAUGUGCCACGGGGGAGGAAUGUCACCUCGUGGGCUGCCACCGGCGCGGGGAGAGUGGCCACACGGAGUGUGUUUCCUGCUGUGAAGGCAUGAUCUGCAAUGUGGAAAUCCCAACCAACGACACAAAUGCAGUGUUUGCUGUCCUGCACGCCCGGAGGACGUCGGAUGGCAGCAGGAGGACAGGCAGCAUUGCAGUGCUGGGGGCAGUCAUGGUGAUUGCCCUGUCCUGA